CUCAGUGGCUAGUGAUACAUGUAACGUAUUGGUCGUCGCGAAUGAUAGUUACGAAGUUUUACGAAUAUAAUUAAAUAUAUUGUGAUAAAACGAUGAUUGCGAUUUUGAUAUUUAUCGCUUUCAUAUUAAUACUUAUUAUAUCGUGGAUAAGUUUGUUGAAUGAUACCAAAUCUUAUAAUAUUCCCGGACCUACACCCCUUCCAAUAGUUGGAAAUGGACAUUUAUUUGCGGUCAGGGCAACUCAGUUCCUACCGCUCUUACAAUAUUUCCAAAAAACCUACGGAGACGCUGUCCGAGUUCAUUUAUUUAACCAGCCGUAUGUCGUCUUGUAUCAUCCGAAAUAUAUUGAGCCCUUAAUAUCACAUUCCGAAUUGAUAACAAAAGGCAAAUCGUAUAAUUAUUUACACGACUGGCUUGGCUUUGGACUUCUGACCUCAACAGGCAACAGAUGGCGGACGCAUCGAAAAUUUUUGACGCCCGCAUUCCAUUUUAACAUUUUGCAAAACUUUUUGCCAGUUUUUUUGAAGAACGAGAAAGUACUCAUUAAUAAAUUGAAAUCUACAUAUUGUAAUGAAAAACCGUUCGAUCUCUUUCCUAUCAUUGCACUGAAUGCACUAGAUAAUGUUACGGAAUCUGUUAUGGGUGUAUCGAUAAAUGCACAAGACAAUAGCAAUUCCAAAUAUGUAAAGUCCAUUGAAGCUUUGGCUCAAAUAAUAGCAUUAAGAAUGCGAAAUCCGUUCAUGGGUGAAGAUGCACUGUUUAAAAUAACAAGCUAUAACAGAACACAACAACAAGCUUUGGGUGUAUUACAUGGAUAUACUAAGAAAAUUAUUGAACUAAGAAAAAAGGAGUUGCAAAAAGCUAAUAUAAAUACGCUAGAAGAAAACGCCGAGUUUGGUAUUAAAAACAAACACGCGUUCUUGGAUUUAUUACUUUUGUCAGAAAUUGAUGGAAUGAAAAUUAAUGACGAACAAGUGCGUGAAGAAGUUGAUACUUUUAUGUUUGAGGGCCAUGACACAACAACGUCAGGAAUAUGCUUCUCAUUAUUUUGCGUAUCAAAACACAUGGAUGUACAAGAUAAAAUUUUUGAAGAACAAAAAAGAAUUCUAGGUGAUGACUUGAGUAAGGAUCCUACUUACAGUGAUUUGAAACAAAUGAAAUAUUUGGAGCUAGUAAUAAAAGAAUCUUUAAGAAUAUUUCCUUCUGUACCUCUUAUAGAGAGGCUUAUUACAAAGGACUCGGAAUUAGCCGGGUUGCGGAUCAAAAAGAACACAUCAGUCAUCGUUGAUAUAAUCCAUAUGCAAAGAAGUCCAGCUUUGUAUGAAAAUCCAAUGGAGUUUCGGCCAGAGAGAUUCACUGAGGCUGCUGCCAUGUCUGGAAAAAAUGCCUUCUCAUGGCUCGCGUUUAGUGCCGGCCCUAGAAACUGUAUUGGUCAAAAAUUCGCCAUGAUGGAAUUGAAAAUAACCUUGGCGGGAAUCAUAAAAAAUUUCAAAGUGUUACCAGUAGACAUGGAGCCGCAAUUAUGUUCCGAUCUCAUUUUGAGAUCAGAAAACGGCGUACAAAUUAAAUUAAGACCAAGAAUAUAAAAAAUUUUAUUUUAUAACAGCUCAAUAAUUAUUAUAUUAUAAACCUUGCGUUAUAUUUUAAGACAUAAUUAUUAUCUCUAUCG